AUGUCCUUCCAUGUCGACGCAAUGGUGAUAUUGUAUCUGUAUGGUGCAACCUUCACUCGGUAUACCGACCACAAAGCCCUAGAAGUCAUCUUUGGAAACCCAAUUUCAAAACCACCAGCCCGAAUAGAGCAUUGGUUCCUACGCCUCCAGCAAUAUAAAUUUCGGGUUGUUUAUAAACCAGGCAGUAGAAAUCCGGCAGACUACCUGUCUCGCCAUCCCCCUGAUAGUAAACAAAAACAAACGAACAUUGCAGACAAAUACGUGCAUUUCGUAACACACACAGCAGUCCUCCCCGCACUUACAGUGGACGAUGUUCGCAAAGCAACCAGCAAAGAUACAUUACUUGGUUUGGUACGUACGGCAAUCCAGACGGGACAGUGGUCCAGUAGUGAACUGAAACAGUUCAAGCCCAUCAAAGAUGAACUGUCUAUUGACUACACCAACAAUGUGGUGCUUCGGGGCACCAGACUUGUAAUCCCUUCAUCAUUGGUCCAACGUGUCAUACAGCUGGCCCAUGAAGGGCACCAAGGGCAGGCCAGAACAAAGGCGUUGAUACGGGAACACGUUUGGUUCCCAGAAAUGGACAAAAAAGUUCGUGCAGAACUUGAAAAGUGCCUCGCUUGUCAAGCCACUGGGCAACCAAGUCAACCAGAACCCCUUCGGUCCACCCCGCUACCUAACAAAGCAUGGGACAAACUCAAGAUUGACUUCUAUGGCCCAUUACCGACUGGACAGUAUAUUUUGGUGAUCCUGGAUUGCUAUUCUCGAUUUCCGGAAGUAGAAGUGUUGUCUUCGAUCUCUGCCAAGACUGUAAUCCCGAAACUCGAUGCAGUUUUUGCCCGGCAUGGUGUCCCUUCGCAGGUUGUUUCAGACAAUAGGCCACCUUUCCAAGGACAUGAAUUCAACAGAUACAUGACCAAAAUGGGAAUCCAGCAUAAUACCUCCACACCUCUGUGGCCUCAGGGGAAUGCGGAAGUCGAAGCGUUCAUGAAGCCGCUCGGCAAGGCUAUUCGAACGGCGAACCUCGAAGGACGGCCUUGGAAACAAGUGCUCUCCAAGUUCUUGUUGGCGUAUCGGUCUACCCCCCAUUCGACCACAAAGGUACCACCUGCUCAGUUGCUAUAUAACCGAGAAAUUCGCGGAAAAUUGCCCACACUUCCCCACAACAGCAAAGUUAUUAACCGACAUAGAGAAGCCAAGCAAAAUGACAAAGAACAAAAGCAAAGGGGAAAACAAUAUGCAGACUCUCGACGACAUACACGAACAAGUAAACUACGAGUUGGAGAUCGUGUUCUGGUCAGGCAAAAGAAAACGAAUAAAUUUUCAACCAAUUUCAGUCCUACGCCAUAUACUAUCGUUGCCAUAAAAAGGUCAAAAGUAGUCGCGAAAAACCAACAACAUUCCAUCACGCGAAAUGUAUCGUUGUUCAAGAAGAUAGCGGAACAAGCAGUUAGUCGAGAAGAGGAUGAUGAGGAUGUUGUUAGCAGAAGAGAAGAAGAAGAAGGAGACCAAGUACAGGAACAAUACCAACAAGAACAACAAGAGCCUAGAAGAUCUACACGAAACACACGGCAGACAAACUUUUAUGGACACCCUAUAAACUCGGGGUUGAGACUGUAA